UUUCUAAGAUGUAUAGUUUGGCACCGUGGCGCGUAGUGUUUUUGAUUUGUGUUUGCUUAGUUUUAUGAACGAUCCCAAAUUAUUUCUCAUUUCAUCAAGUGUAAAAUAAAUAGAAACUGCCGAGCCUAAACCACACCCCGUACACUAAUGGGGUCAUUAACUAAUUGGGUUCAGUUUCAACCUAACCAAUAAAACCCGCCUCCAACGGCGCCCUAUCGAGACCUAUUAGUCGCGCUGUGAGUGUGUGAUAAUGUACACCGUGUUGAGACAGUUUACCAAAUACCCAAAUAAAUGGAAGUUCCUGUACGACAUGCGGCAGUUUGCCCGAGUGAGCCCUUUCAAGGAAGACACUCUAACUGGACGGUUUAUGCUAUUUUUGGACAAUUAUAGAAUUCCCGCUAAUGCCAAUCAUGCCGAUUUACUGUCCGCAGUAAGACGGUGUCCUGAGGAUAUUAAGGCCUUUGAUGCCCCCCAAAUCGUUGCCUUGUUAAGGGCGCUAAGCGACAGGGAAUUGUCGUCGGACAAACAGGAACUUGUUGAGCUCGUAGACUUGGAAUGCUGUGAUAGAGUUAACCAGUUCAGCAUUGAGCAGACCUGCGAUUUACUAUGUGCCUUUACUGAUGUGAUCGGCCACCGUGUGGUCGAAUGUCGGUGCUUUGAACCGGCAUUGCAGAGUCUCCUGCAGCAAAAGAGCGCACUGGACCAUAAGCAGCUGGUGCAUUUGAUUUUCUUCGUAGGGCUCCUGAAGAAGUGUGACCAUGCUCAGAAUAUAAUUAGACAGUGCGUGAAGUCGUUGGAUAAAAGCGGGAUAGAGAGCUUAACCAAAGAAGAGCUUUGCAUUAUCUGCAACGCCACGUUUAAAACUAGCACAAAGAUUAAGCACCCCGCGCUCUUGGCUAAAGUCAAGGAGUUCAUUCAGGACAAUCUGGACUUGCUGAAGGAUCCUGCAGUGUUCGUAACACUAAUCAAGAGCAUCAGGCAUAACCGCUACCAAGACGAGGACAUUUUAAACACCAUCACUUGUACGAUGUUCUUCAAUAAAACGCUGGGACAUUAUUCAUUUGGUGCCCUGUGUCACAUAUUGGCUCUGUAUGCAGACUAUUUGUAUUACGAUGAGGCUCUGCUCGAUGCCCUCGUGAGCCGCGGUGUUGGGCUGUUAAAAAGCUGCCCGUUUCAGUCGAAACGCGCUCACGUUGCGGAUCAGCCUCGCGAAAAGGACAUCAAAAGAUUCUUGUGGGCUUUGAGCAAUCUCAACUAUCGCCUAUCUAGGGAGGACAUUGAGGAGGUGGUGUUGCCCGCCAUCGAUGUGAGGAGGCAAGCUGGAGGCUUUGGCAACCCCGGCGAUCUGGUACAAAUCGCCUUAUAUUUAUGGAUGAUGCAUUACCAAGCUCGCAAUCUGAUCCUCACCUGUGUCAAUGAAAAGUCCGUCCAAGCCAUUAGAGGCCCAAAGCUGCCCAGUCAAGACAGCCUGAAUCUGCUACUCACUUGCAUCUAUUAUGAGAACCCCGAGCUGUUUAAAGAGCUGAACAUCUGCCUGGAAAAGCCCCAACCUUACAACUUUUCCUUCCAGCUGAAUAAGCGGCCCGCAUUGCGACAGAUUGUCGAUAGUCUGAAACGCGCUCCAUUAAGGAACAACAUCGACAGGUAUGAAACGGCGUGCCAAGUUCCAUUCAUCAAUAUCAUAGGCGUCGUUGGGCUGCAGAAGCGACUCUACAAAACGGUCAAUGUAGAGGUUUUGGAUGGCUUCACUUGCCUGAAGAAUACGAACAAUUCGCCUACGGGGUUCAUGCAGCUGAAGUUGCGACUGUUAGAAAAGCGCGACGAAGGCCUGAUUGUGAUGGAGCAGAAUGAAGUAGCUGAGUGUGCAGCCUCGGAACUGGAGCAUAUUUUGCGCGAUGAGAUCGCUUUGGUUUGUUAAUUGUUUGAUUCCUUGGUGUCGUACAAUUUCAACUCAUUUAUCAACCGAAACGUUAUUCAGACUGGGUUUGAUAGCAUGCAACUUCACGCUUUUCUUUGCUGGCGGAAAGGUUCUUUCCUAACUUCAAUUUUUUGCUUGAGGUUGGAACCUUCUCAUAUAUUCUCGCCUGUCCAGUGAAUUGCUUACUAUAAUGCACUUAAUAAUGUUAAUAACAAAAUUACUUAGCAAAAGAAACAGCAAUCACCAUUUUAAAGAUACAAGAGAUAAACUUCGACUGUGAAGACAGAUCCAAUAAGUGGUGAUCAGUGUUUUGUAAUCAAUGUUUAAAUAUCAAAUGGACACGCUGUGAACCGCCAAAGCUUUCCAUUUUCCACAUUUUGCUCAAUUUUUUCAUUCUUGUAGUUUUUGGAUUGUUUAACUGGAUUGUGUAGCGUCACUAGGAGUUUAUGGGUAUAUACAGGGUAAACACCUGCAAACAAUGAAAUGAACUGAUGUGAUAUAUACGGUUGGUGAUUUAAUGAAUACGCCAAUUUAAA